CGGGGCUGAAGGGUCCGUUGUGAUGGAGACGGCGGCCUUCGCUCCGGAGUUCAGCCUCGCCGCCUGCUCGGCCGUGCUGGAGGCGGCGCUGCGGGGCCCGGGCCGCGCCCCUGACGGCCGGGUCUGGUUCAAGGAGAGCAGCGGGCGCAACCUGAAACGCCGGGACUGGAUAGCGCCUCGAGCGGCCCUGAGCAAACUUUACCCGCGGGGCCAGGUUCCCGAAGACCUCAUAGAAAGGUUGUUGUCAGAGUACCGCCACCGUCUCUACAUUCAGAGCUGCAAGCAGACAGGCAAUGGACUGGUGAUUCUCCUGGACCAUCCUGCCCUUUUCACACAAGUCCUGAGCAACAUCCUUCCCUAUACAAGACCUCUGAAAGUUUUGUCAACAAAGAAGAAAUGUGUGAUUCUUAACUGUGCACCUUUACAAGGGAAUAAAGGACCUGAAUCACUUACAGUUAGUCACUUACGAGCUAUCUUACUGGUGGACCACCUGGCCAUAGUGUUAAGGCAACAAGGCUGGGAAGUGCAUGUAACACCAAAUCUUCCCCUAAAAACCUCUGUCUGCAACUUUCUGAAAUUAUUGAGAGUCAGUUGGCCAUGCACCCAACAAACCACAUCCAACGAGGAGACUGUUUCCAGCUACAAGGAGAUUCUGUCAGAGUCAAUUUAUACACAGCUCGGGAAGGACAAGGCUUCUUCAAACCACGCACAGCAUAUACUGCCAAAAGAUGCUUUGUUCAAGGUGCACUUAAAACAGUUUGUGAAGGACAAAGAGCUAGAAGGUUAUGAUGCCAACUUGGAUAUGGCUUUGGUGAAGGAGGAAGCACUGAGACAGAUUGCAGAGCUUCAACACAUAGUCAAAGAGGAGAAUGCUGAGGAGUGUCUGGUGAUCCAUGUGGUGGGCUGCGAAGAGGAAUUUCAGCAGCAGAAGAUUGACCUACUUUGGCAAAUCCUGAACACCGGCCGAGAUCGAGUGACUCAGAAACACCUUGUGUGUGGGUCAGUGAAAGUAAUUGACGAAAACUCUCACAUCAAUGCUGUACAAUAUUUCCAGUUUCGAAGGUCUCAAAUGCAGGAUGCCUCUGUGAUGAAGUAUGGAAACCUGGUGCAAGGGGAUUCAUGGACUGAAAUAAUCAGCAGCAUGACUUCAGCCACCAUCAGGUUCGAGUUGUUAUCGACAGCACACCGCAGUCCACUGAAUUUGGACCUGACACAAGCGGUCAACAUUUCUACGAAAGGAACUAAGAGUGGAGCAUUUGUUAUGUACAAUUGUGCAAGGCUUGCAACGUUAUUUGAUCAUUUCAACAAGUCUGUUCAUCAAGGCUUAUACCCAAAGUUCCCAGAAACAUCGCAGCUGAAUUUUUCUGCUCUUCAGGAAGAGGGGGAGUGGCUGUUGCUGUACAAUUAUGUUAUUCCAUUCCAGGAUGUGCUUUGUCAGACUACACAAUCUCUGAGUUCAACUAAAGGAAUUCGUCUGACCAUCAACACCGAGGCAGUCUGCAAGUUUCUUGUAAACCUCAGCAUUGAUUUCAGCUCCUAUUACAACCGUGUGCACAUACUUGGAGAACCGUUGGAACACUUGUUCAACCAGAUGUUUGCUCGCCUGCAGCUGAUGAAAGCAUUGAGAGAAGUGUUUCACACAGCGUUGGGCACACUGCACAUCACACCCCCAAGCCAGCUCUGAGAAUCCAGCAAUGUGUUCGGCACCUCACCAAGAUAUGGAAACAGAAAACUGGAUGGUCUUCACAUUCCACCAGCAGGUCAGCAAAAACUAACACUGCCGAGACCUGCCAACAGCGUGCAGAGCAGCUUGACAGAUCAGCAGAACAUCACUGUUUUACCUCUUUGUGUAAUCAGGUGUGAAUGUGAUUUAAAACAUUGAAGUUACACUGUAUACCAGCAGACAGAACCUACCACCUCUCUGCACAUCAUCAUCUGUUCCAAGAGCAUGUCUCGUCCGAAGCAGAUGCAGGUGCUAGUUGCAAAAUCAAUUACAUUCAGAGUUGCCAAGUUACUCCUGGAAGAGAGCUUUCAUCUCAUUAUUGAAUGAAUUACAACACUGGCCACAAUGCCAUUUCACUACUGUAUGAUAUUUCUGGCCUCUACAUCCUGCUCUUGAUCUGAACAUAUUCCAUUUUCUGUGCCCCCAGCUUUUAAAUAAAAAUAAACAUGAAUUUUAA